UUUCAACAUUUUUUCUUUCUUGUGGAAGAUUGCUCUAUUGGAUUCCACUUUCUUGAGAAAGUUCAAGAUCUACCAACCCGAGGAGCAGUAGAUGUGGAACAUUUCACCAUUGAUGGAAGCUUGUUUUUUGCUUUUUCCAACUAUUAUGGGGACAUUAAAUCUUACAAGACAGGUACCAUGAUCUACAAGAUGGACAACUCAACUGGAAGAUUGUCUUUGCACCAGAACCUUCAAGCAAGAGGAGCUUUUGACCUGGAGUACUUUUCUAUCGCAAACAAACAUUUCCUUGCUGUGGCUAAUCAUUACGAUGGAACAUACCAGCUGGAUUCUAAAGUCUAUCAAUGGAAUGGAAAGCUGUUUGUCGACUUUCAGAAAUUGUCAACAAACGGAGGAAUUCACUUCACGUACUUCAAGAUACAUAGGAAAAAUUAUCUCGCAGUAGCAAACUACAAUGACGGAAGUACCUACUCUACAAAGUCAGUUAUCUACAAAUGGAGCGGCGGCAAGUUUAACAAAUUUCAAGACAUACCAACUGAAGGUGCCACGGGAUGUACGGCGUUUGUGAUAAACGGUGACACAUUCAUCGCUUUUGCAAAUCAUUACAACUCCCAACACAAGUAUUCUGUUCAGUCCACUGUGUUCAAAUGGUCAGGAGGUAACUUUGUUAAACUGCAGUCUCUUCAGACUUAUGGAACUCGCGGUGUUAAGUCUUUUAACAUCAACGGUCACACGUUCCUCGCUUUUGCCAACUACUACUCUGAAGGUAAGCGCAACAUCGAUUCGUUCAUUUACAAGUGGAAUGGUAACAAGUUUGUCCUGUUUCAGUCCAUUCCUACCCUAGGAGCCAUAGCGUGGUAUCCAUUUGUGAUCAGCGGUCGAACCUACCUUGGUGUGGCUAAUCAGUACGGUGAUAGUCAGAAGCACAAAACUCCGUCAGUUGUGUACCAGGCGUCUGGAGCGAAGUUCAUCAAGUACCAAGAGAUUCCCACAUAUGGAGCGCAUGGUAUGACGUCAUUUGAGUACAAAGGUCACACUUACCUUGCAGUAGCAAACAACUACAAUGGCCAGAAGUACAACAUAAACAGCGCCCUGUACAAAUGGGUAUAG